AUGCGCAAGGUAAAUAUUCUACGGUUUGCACGUGGCAAGGACGACAUAUCACAUGGAAUCGGUUGGAUUAUGAAUAUCAUGUACCUAUCUAUUCAAAUUGGUUCUUCCAUUGCGCAACAGAGAUUAGUCAGCUCUGGCAUUUCAGUCAUCAAGAGGCUUGGAGGCAAAUAUGCGCCACGCGUACACCAAUUACUGUCGGGCAAUGCAAGAGCUCAUGUGGAACAAGGAGGGGGUCAAUAUGACGAGGACUGGGGAAAUUUUGGAAUACAACAAGAAAAAGAUAAAAUGAAGAGCUAUGUAAUGCAGGGAUGA